AUGGCGUUACACCGGAGCUCGCUUCUUCUGCGCUUGGCCAAAGGCAGCAGCCGGAGGGCCGCGGUGCAAGCUUCCUGCAGUCCCUUCGUUUACGGUUCAUCUGAUUACUCUGAUUGCCGGAGAUGCUAUUCGAGCUCCGGACAAGAUAAAGGUACAAUGGCAUCAGCAACGGGGUACCACGUCAGCAACGGACCGUCCUACAUGCGUGGUGCGGUCUUUUGGGAGAAGAAUAAGCCCCUCACUUUCGAAGAUUUUCACAUGCCCCGCCCUAAAGCCAACGAGGUUCUCAUCAAAACCAAGGCAUGCGGGGUUUGUCACUCGGAUCUGCAUGUGAUCAAAGGGGAGCUUCCAUUUGCCAGCCCUUGUGUUGUGGGGCAUGAGAUUACCGGUGAGGUGGUUGAACAUGGGCCACUUACUGACAGUAAAAUCAUUGAAAGAUUUCCUGUUGGAUCUCAUGUUGUCGGGGCUUUCAUAAUGCCUUGUGGAAGCUGUCUUUUCUGCUCUAAGGCAAAUGACUUGUGUGAGUCUUUUUUCGCUUAUAAUCGAGCAAAAGGGACACUUUAUGACGGCGAAACAAGGCUAUUUCUCCGUGGUAGUGGAAAGCCAGUGUAUAUGUACAGCAUGGGAGGCCUGGCUGAGUUCUGUGUGGUACCAGCCCAUGGAUUAGCCGUUCUACCCAACUCAUUGCCUUACACAGAGUCUGCAAUACUGGGAUGUGCAGUUUUUACUGCCUAUGGAGCAAUGGCUCAUGCUGCUGAGGUCCGUCCUGGUGAUGCCGUUGCAGUAAUUGGCAUUGGGGGUGUUGGCUCGAGUUGUCUGCAGAUAGCUAGGGCAUUUGGGGCUUCCGAGAUCAUUGCAGUAGACGUUCAAGAUGAGAAACUUCAGAAAGCUAAGAUAUCUGGAGCCACUCAUGCUAUAAAUGCACUGAAAGAAGAUGCCGUAAUGAAAAUCAAAGAGAUUACAGGAGGAAGGGGUGUAGACAUAGCCGUAGAAGCCCUCGGAAGGACACAGACAUUUUCCCAGUGCGUGCAAAGCGUACGUGAUGGAGGGAAGGCUGUGAUGAUUGGACUUACGCUCUCUGGUGCUAAAGGGGAGGUUGAUAUAAACCAUUUGGUCCGCAGACAGAUUAAAGUGAUAGGGUCUUAUGGGGGCAGAGCAAGGCAGGACCUUCCGAAAUUGAUUAAGCUGGCCGAAAGGGGGAUUUUCAGUCUUGAGGCAGCUGUUUCAAGGAAGUGCAAAUUUGAGGAGGCAGGGGAGGCUUAUAAGGACCUUGACCAGGGGAAAAUUAUCGGUCGUGCUGUAGUGGAGAUCAUGUAA